GUCGCAUCAUCGCGUUAUCUGACGGAAUUCUUCCAUGCGGUCUAUCUGAGAGUAUUGAUAGCGUUCAAAUGACGGAGCAAAAGCCACAGCGAGUGCUCGUCAUCGUCUCGGAGAGCAAUUCAUAUUGGGAGCAGUCUUGGUCUUCUUCGGAGGACUUACUUCCAAUAGCUUUUGAUAUACUCAGCGACAAUCAUCUUUUGGAGGGCACAUAUAAUGAGCAACCCGAGUUGAAGCUGCUGGUAAAACAGAAGUGGGCAACUCACGUCUUCCUUAUAUUCGACAUUUCAAAUACUUCUUAUGAUCCUACUCUAGGACAUUUACCCGAGCAAAACAAGCUUCCUAUUACAAUCAUUCGGUUGGGCAAAAAGGUACAAGCCUACUCAGCAAGCGCCCCUGUGGGGAACAAAGUGAAUAGCAAUGUUGCCCGGGUUCACAACGCCAACGGAGUAAACAGCUUCCCGCCCUUUGUCACGGAUUAUACCAUCAAGUCACCAUUAUAUUCUAAUCCACGCGAUCCAUCGUUAUUGGUUUGACCUGUACUCCGCCGUCAGCAAAUAAGAUUGAGGGCUAGAUUGUUUUGGAGAUUCGAACCUAGCGGUGUCUCCUAUUGAGACUCUGGCGUAGGCAGACUACAGGGUCCACAGACUUCCCUUCGAGGGAAUACAUUGGCGUUUACCGUGUCUGUGACUUGAUGGAUGGUAUCAC